AUGAAGCCAUGGGUCAACGCGACCAAGCCGUCGGACGGAUGGAAGCUGUACAAGUCCACGCACGCGCUGGUAGGCGAGAGUCCAGAGUCGCUCCUGGCCCAACCCCGCGGUGCAGUUACGCGAAUGGCCGAGCUCAUUGGGAAGGAGGGAGGCGGCCAGAACGCCGCCCAGAACGCCAUAAACCGUGUAAAGCGAGUCAUGGACUUCAUCUCGCGCAGGGUGGAGCAGGGAGACAACAUCGCGGUCGUGCUCGAGAAGCUCGACCUCGUGUCAAGAACUGUCGGCAUGUCGGGUGUGUCGAAAGGGAUCGCGGUGAAGAAGAAGAGUGUUGACUUGAACCUGUGCGAGCUAAAGAAGGGUUCCCCGGCGGAAGUGCAGUUGCGGGUGAAAUGGAUGCUGGUUCGCGACCGCAUGAUCGAUGCCUCCCUUCCCGCGUCUGAGUUUCCUGUGGCGUGGCCUCAGUAUUGUGCCCAGAUGCCCCCGCUAGAUUAA